AAGUCUCCGGGCACAGGCCUGUUCAGGAAGAGUCAAGUGUGCCGGUGGAGAGUGUUUGGGACAGCAGGGCUCCCAUAAGCUUCUGGGCCCAAACUAGCCUCGGUCUUUGGGUUCCUUUCCGUUGUCCCCGAGUUCUGGGCCUCUGCGCGGCGAGUUGGUCGCGUGCCAGACAGUAGUCAGCGCCGGCCGAGGGUGGGGGCCUCAGCGGACUUCACGGAAGCGGGACUGGAACGGGCAGCGACGGUUGGGUGACGCCGGGAGGCGGUUGAGGUUUCUAAGAAGGACCCUGAGGAGGAGGAAAGAAUAGUUGGAUAUCUGGGAAUUGAAGUUGAGACUUUGAAGGUGACUUACAUAAUUCGUGUUCAUUGACCGGAGAAUCUUGACAGUGAAAGUGUCUCAUUGUAGUGAUGAGCUACAGCCCCGGGAUGUUCAAGAGCUGCUCUGGCUUUUCUGGACUCUGUGCUUCGCCAAUGGAGGAACCCUAUGGAGCACUAAUUAGUUCUUGCAAUUACGGAACCAUGACUGAUGGGUUGGUGACUUUCAGUGAUGUGGCCAUCCACUUCUCCCAGGAAGAGUGGGAGUGCCUGAGCCCUGCUCAGAGGGACUUAUACAUGGAUGUGAUGUUGGAGAACUACAGUAACUUGAUUUCACUGGAUUUGGAGUCAACAUAUGAGAUUGAAAAUAACUUUUCAGGAAAGAACAUUUCUGAAAUAAGUUUUUCCCAAUGCGCAGUAAAGGAAAGAAGUAAAACCCUUGAUCUUGAGGCAUCCAUUUCCGAAAAUAAUUGGAAGUGCAAAAGCAAAUUUGAUGAACUACAGGAACAUCAAGAGGAAUACUUCAGUCAAAUGAUAAUCAGCUAUGAAAAAAUGCCCACUUACCAAAAAAGUAAAUCUCUUAUUGCACAUCAAAGACUUAAUCCAGAGAAACCUGACAUUUGUAAGGAAUGUGGGAAGACUUGUAGUCAUGGUUCAAAACUUGUUCAACAGGAGAGAACUCAUACAGCUGAAAAACACUUUGAAUGUAAAGAAUGUGGUAAGGACUUUUUUAGUGCCUAUCAACUCACUGUGCAUCAGAGAUUUCAUACUGGUGAGAAACCCUACAAAUGUAAGGAAUGUGGGAAGACUUUUAGUUGGGGAUCAAGUCUUGUUAAACAUGAGAGAAUCCAUAGUGGUGAGAAGCCCUAUGAAUGUAAAGAAUGUGGAAAGGCCUUUAGUCGUGGCUAUCACCUUACUCAACAUCAGAAAAUUCAUAUUGGUGUGAAAUCUUAUGAAUGUAAGGAAUGUGGAAAGGCCUUUUUUUGGAGCUCAAGCCUUGCUAAACAUGAGAUAAUUCAUUCAGGUGAGAAAACUUAUAAAUGUGAAGAAUGUGGGAAAGCAUUCAGUCGUGGCUAUCAACUUACGCAGCAUCAGAAAAUCCAUACUGGUAAGAAACCUUAUGAAUGUAAAGUAUGUGGAAAGGCUUUCUGUUGGGGUUAUCAACUUACUCGACAUCAGAUAUUUCAUACUGGCAAGAAACCCUACGAAUGUAAGGAAUGUGGGAAGAGCUUUAAUUGUGGUUCAAGUCUCGUUCAACAUGAGAGAAUUCAUACAGGUGAGAAACCCUAUGAAUGUAAAGAUUGCGGAAAGGCUUUUAGUCGUGGCUAUCACCUUGCUCAACAUCAAAAAAUUCAUACUGGUGAGAAACCUUUUGAAUGUAAGGAAUGUGGGAAAGCCUUUAGUUGGGGUUCAAGCCUUGUUAAACAUGAGAGAGCCCAUACUGGUGAGAAAUUCUAUAAAUGUAAAGACUGUGGGAAAGUCUUUGGUAGUGUGUAUCAACUUGCUCGACAUCAGAUACUUCAUACUGGAGAGAAACCCUAUGAAUGUAAGGAAUGUGGGAAGACCUUUCAUUGUGGUUCAAGUCUUGUUCAACAUGAGAAAAUUCAUACUGAUGAGAAACCCUAUGCAUGUAAAGAAUGUGGAAAGGCCUUUAGUCGUGGCUACCACCUUACUCAACAUCAGAAAAUUCACAUUGGUGUGAAAUCUUAUGAAUGUAAGGAAUGUGGAAAGGCCUUUUUUUGGAGCUCAAGCCUUGCUAAACAUGAGAUAAUUCAUUCAGGUGAGAAAACUUAUAAAUGUGAAGAAUGUGGGAAAGCAUUCAGUCGUGGCUAUCAACUUACGCAGCAUCAGAAAAUCCAUACUGGUAAGAAACCUUAUGAAUGUAAAGUAUGUGGAAAGGCUUUCUGUUGGGGUUAUCAACUUACUCGACAUCAGAUAUUUCAUACUGGCAAGAAACCCUACGAAUGUAAGGAAUGUGGGAAGAGCUUUAAUUGUGGUUCAAGUCUCGUUCAACAUGAGAGAAUUCAUACAGGUGAGAAACCCUAUGAAUGUAAAGAUUGCGGAAAGGCUUUUAGUCGUGGCUAUCACCUUACUAAACAUCAGAAAACUCAUACUGGUGAGAAACCUUUUAAAUGUAACAAAUGUGAGAAGACCUUCAGUUGGAGUUCAAGCCUUGUUAAACAUGAGAGAGCCCAUAUUGGUGAGAAAUCCUAUGAAUGUAAAGAAUGUGGACAGGCCUUUGGUAGUGGGUAUCAACUUAGUGUUCAUCAGACAUUUCAUACUAGUGAGAAACCUUAUAAUGUAAGGAAUUUAGGAAGAUUUACUCAUGGCUCAGGCCUUGUUCAACAUGAUAGAACUUAUAGUAAUGAUAAACCCCAUGAAUAUAAAGAAUGGGGAAGUUUAUAUAUGGUCAACUUAUUCAAUUGAAACAAUUGUUACUGGAGAAGAAAUGUGAAAACUUUUUUUUUUGUGUAUGGACAACUUAAACAGAGAAAUCUUAUUCUAGAGAAAACUUAUGAAUGUAAGGAAUGUGCAAAAGCCUUACCUGUGUAUGGAAAAUUUGGUUGAUAUUAGGAAAUUUAUACUAGUAAGAAAUAUUUUAAAUAUAAGGAAUAUGAAAAGGCCUUUAGACUUCUGCAUAAUCUUAUUGAACAUCAAUGUAUGUUGAUUUGAAACUAUUUAAAUGAAAGGAAUGUAUCUUUAUUCAUGACAUAGAGUCUGAUAAGCAUUGGAGGAUUUAUACUUAUAAGAAGCACUUUAAGGAAUGAGGGAAGAACGGAAAUUUAAUUCAGUUCUUGCUCUGCACAUCAGAGAAUUAAUACUGCUGUGAAAUCUUAUGAAUGUAAGGAAUGCACAAAGGUUUAUACACUGAGUGGCCAGAUUAUUAUGACCACC